AUCUAUGACAAAUAAUGAAUAAAAUUAAACAGAAUUUUCCGAUAUCUGUAGGUUUUUUUUUCAUUACGUUUUAGUUUAAUGAUUAAUUUGAUAUUUUAGUGUACUCUUAUUAGACUGAGUAAAUUUAAUUCGACUGCGAACAGUAUGCUUGGUAGACUACCACCAUGUGUUAUCGACGUGGGCACUGGGUACACGAAGUUGGGCUUCGCUCCCAACAAAGAACCACAGAUGAUAAUCCCGUCAGCGAUUGCCAUCAAGGAAACUGCCAAGGUGGGCGAUCAGACGGUUCGUCGACUGACAAAGGGCGUGGAGGAUUUAGAUUUCUACAUAGGAGAUGAAGCGUUCGAUGCCAAAGGAUAUUCUGUUAAAUAUCCAGUAAGGCAUGGAUUAGUUGAAGAUUGGGAUUUGAUGGAAAGGUUUUUAGAACAUUGCAUAUUUAAAUAUUUAAGAGCUGAGCCUGAAGACCAUCAUUUUUUACUUACUGAACCACCUUUAAAUACUCCAGAGAAUCGUGAAUAUACUGCUGAAAUAAUGUUUGAGACAUUUAAUGUUCCUGGUCUUUACAUUGCGGUACAAGCUGUAUUAGCAUUAUCUGCCUCUUGGAAAUCACGACCUGUUCAUGAACGAAUAUUAACAGGCCUAGUAGUUGAUAGUGGAGAUGGAGUUACCCAUAUUAUUCCUGUAGCUGAAGGUUAUGUGAUUGGAAGUUGCAUUAAACACAUACCAAUAGCUGGUCGCAAUAUCACAUAUUUUAUUCAGUCGUUGUUGAGGGAAAGAGAAAUUGGUAUUCCUCCUGAACAAAGCUUGGAGACUGCUAAAGCUAUUAAAGAGCGUUAUUCCUACAUUUGUCCAGACAUUGCUAAAGAAUUUGCCAAAUAUGAUUCAGAGCCAUCUAAAUGGUUAAGGAAGUAUGAUGGUAUAAAUAGUGUUACAAAACAGCCAUUUUCUGUGGAUGUUGGAUACGAACGAUUUUUAGGACCUGAAAUUUUCUUCCAUCCUGAAUUUUCAAAUCCUGAUUUCACUACACCUAUUUCUGAAAUGGUUGAUACAGUGAUACAAAACUGUCCAAUUGAUGUGCGCCGACCACUGUAUGAUAACAUUGUACUUUCUGGUGGUUCAACUAUGUUUAAAGAUUUUGGUAGACGUCUUCAAAGGGAUAUCAAACGUGUUGUUGAUGCUAGAUUAAAACGUAGUGAAAAAAUAGCUGGCGAUAAUUUGAAACCUAAACCUAUUGAUGUUCAAGUUUACACUCAUAAUAUGCAGAGAUAUGCUGUUUGGUUUGGUGGUAGUAUGUUAGCUUCAUCGCCUGAGUUUUAUACCGUGUGCCAUUCAAAAAAAGAUUAUGAAGAAUAUGGCCCAAGUAUAUGUAGACAUAAUCCUGUUUUUGGAACUAUGAUGUAGCCUUUCAUCUAUGACUGGGUUACAACAAUUCAAAUUAAAUUAAAAAAAAAAAAAAACAUUCAAUAUUAUUAUUAUUUAUU